GCCACCUCGUUUCAAUUCCAUUCUUAUCGAUAAAACUAAGAAUGGCCGAUUCUGCGCGUCCUGCACUAUUUUCAUUUCCUCCCCAGCAGACAGGCGAGCCUUCGACCCGCAAUUGGUACCAGGAGCUUCUGGACCAUCCAGAUUGCCAGAAUGAUCCAACCAAAAUCCAAGAAGCAUACGAGUCUUUUCGGUCCGCGAGCUUAUCCCGCUCAAUUGCUUCGUUUUUGCCCGUAAAUUCUAACGGCACGACCUGCAAUGACCAGAACGAAAAGCAUCCCCAACCUAUGCAGUGCAUCACGCCAGACCAGGCAUUGAUCCGCUACCUCAAGCUCCAACAAGAGUCAAAGGAGAAUGGCAAAGAGAUCGGGGAACUCAGCCAGCAGGACGUAAACUGCUUCGUCGUCUGGGCUCGCCCUGAUACACGAACGAUCAAUUUGCUCGAGGAAAUUCAGAAUCGCCUCUGGAAUCUAGUAGGACCCGACAUUCACCUCAUUCCUCCAUCCGAUCUUCAUCUUUCUGUCCUCGAGCUAUCGCAUCGUCAUUCAGUUUCGCAUCUCCGCUCUGUAUCCAGUAAGAUUGGUGUACCCGUGCUCGAGAAACUCUUGGAUAUUCCACGAUCAAACUUCCACAGGGACAAAUCUACCGCCCGUCUCGUUAAGCCGAUGGUCAUGUUUGAUAAGCUAGGCGUGGCUGUUGGGUUUGUCCCAGCGGACGACCGAUAUACCCACCACCAUCUUCGAAAUCAGCUCCACACCAUGGCCCUGGAGACCGGGGUUAGCAUUGAUACGUGCUACACAGCGCCUCUUGCCCAUGUAACCGUGGGCAGGUUUAUUAAUAAUGCUUUCUUCGAAGGCGCUGGUCCGGAUAGCAGCAAGGAAGAAGUCAAGCGAGACCGGAUGGCGCAGUGGGUUAAUCUUAUACGGCAGAUGAACGAGGAUCUGAAACGAGAUUAUGGAGAUGAUUUCGCGUGGGUGGUUGGCGGCGAGCGACCGCUGGAAGUCCAGCUGGGUUAUAUCAAAUUUGGACGUGGAGCUGAUCAGGCUGAUUUGGUUGGGAAUGUACUGGGGACGUGAUUUGUAGUAUCAGCCGUUCCUUUUUGCUCAUUGAAUAACUUGGGUCGUGCCUAGAAGAUACUACCAAAUGGUAUAGAAUAAACCCAUUGGAGAAUGGAUUCAGAUUUUCAGGGCUAAAGACGUCAUCAUAUUGUAUCUCGG